UAUAUUUGCGCGAUCAUAAUGAAAGUAGCAAUACGUUGUGAUCUUCACACAUAAUUCACCACGGAUAUAAAUGUGUCGGGUCUAGAAAGGUGGAGCGCGAGGAAAACAUUGCGUCGUCCGACAGCGAGUUAGGAACCGACACAGUUAUGCAUUGCGUUGUUGGUGGAGCUCAUGCAUUUAUUCUGAGGAUAUCCAGUUUUUUCGGUCUAGCACCGUUACGAUUUGAGUCACGUUGCAAUGGAUUCACCGUCUCCAUUUCGAACGCUAUGUGUAUCUACAGCUACAUCCUCGUUACAACUCUAGUUAUUUCUACGAUAUUCGGACUAGUGGCAGAGAUAAAUGUUGGCAUCGAACGAUCUGUGCGUAUGUCGUCGAGGAUGUCGCAGGUGGUUUCGACGUGCGACGUGCUCGUCGUUGUGGUAACCGCUGGCGCUGGAGUCUACGGUGCACCGAAGAGGAUGCGAAAUAUGCUUAAGUUUAUGGAGAGUAUCGCUUCUGUGGACCACAGCAUCGGUGCCUACUAUUCCCGUGCUACGGAGCGUAAAUUGUGUGGGAUAUUACUCGCAAUCCUAAUCUUCUUCUCUAUUCUACUUGCAGAUGACUUCUGCUUCUAUACUCUGCAAGCUUCAAAAUUCGAAAGAGAGUGGAAUGUUGUGAUCAACUACAUCGGAUUCUAUUUGCUGUGGUAUGUGGCAAUGAUCUUAGAGUUGCAGUUUGCUUUCACGGCGCUCUCCAUUCGCGCGCGAUUCCAAGCGGUCAACGAUGUGCUCGCUAUGACAGCGAAGAUUGUUUCUGCGCCAGUAAGAAAAGUUAACGAUCCGUCCAUGCUUAACAUAUUGGCGAUUCGCGUGGCUACAUCGGAACCGCGCCGCUGUGCCAACGUCAGUCUUCUUGUGGACAAACUACACGAACGAGACCACGCCGUUAUAAUUCGCAACACUGUGACUGGAAAUCCUCGUCUCGUAGUACCUCCUUGCGAAGCGAUCCGCAGGCUGGCAUGCUUACACGGUGCUCUCUGCGACGUUGUGCAGGAUCUCGACCAAAGCUAUGGCUUGCCACUCAUACUGAUACUCAUAUCAACAUUACUGCACUUGAUUGUAACACCGUACUUUUUGAUUAUGGAAAUCAUUGUCUCGACGAACAGGAUUCACUUCCUCGUGCUGCAGUUCCUGUGGUGUGCGACGCACAUGCUGCGUAUGUUUGUUGUGGUAGAGCCAUGUCACUAUACAAUUGUUGAGGGUAAAAGAACAGAGGAUCUUGUUUCUCGGCUCAUGAGAACAGCGCCGUCUAACGGCAGUCUACCGUCGCGACUUGAAGUAUUCUCAAGGCAACUCAUGCUACAGUCUAUCGCCUAUUCACCCAUGGGGAUGUGUACACUGGAUCGUCCUUUAGUUGCCUCUGUACUUGGCGCUGUAACAACUUACCUCGUGAUUCUCAUACAAUUUCAAAGAUACGACACUUAAGUUGAGAUAAAGUCGUCCAGUUGCAUACCAUUUUGCAUUAAAUAAAUUAUAACCUGUAACUCUCUUUACUAAUAAAAUUACACCUCUCAAUGUAUUAGUGUAUUAUUAUAGUUGGAAAUAGUUUGUAGUAAAUAUUAUACCUCAGCCGUGUAGUGGCGGUCAAGAAUAUCCACUACCCUAUAUCUUCCCGUGGGUGUCGUAAAAGGCGACAAAGGGAAACAGGCAGGAGAUGGGCAGCAGCAUCUUCCUGAUAGUAGCCGAAAUUACAACUAUGCAACUAUGGCAAAUACCCCCCUAUGAAGAUAUUAAUAGAGACGGCCCCCAGUACCCGGCGGUCCCGCUAUUCCUGGCUACGGUGGCGACCAUGGUAACAGCGGGGCAGGGGGUGCUAAGAAUAUCUGGUGCAAGAUCUGUUUGCCAGAAAGAGCCAACUACCAAAGCCGAGGACCGAGUGUGGCAGCAUCGUUUCCGAGGCACCUGAGAUUUUGAGUGAGAUUGAGAGGUUCUAUGGGCAGCUAUACACGUCAUCGUUGGAGCCACACGCAAGUGUGAGUAACGAUCCAAGAGCGAGUCUUAUCCGACAUUAUUCCGAAGAUAUCCCGGACGCCAGUCUGAGCGAGAUUAGAAUGGCUCUCCAGCAUCUUAAAAACGGCAAGGCCCCAGGCGAGGAUGGAAUUACAGCGGAGCUUCUGAAAGCGGGUGAAAAACCGGUACUUGAAGUCCUUCAGAAGCUCUUUAAUUCCGUCCUCCAUGGUGGCAUUACACCGUAGACGCGGAGCAGAAGUGCGGUGGUCUUGUUCUUCAAGAAAGGUGACAACGCUCUCUUGAAGAACUACAGACCGAUUUCCCUUCUGAGCCGCGUCUACGUGUUGUUUUCGAGAGUCAUUACGAAUCGUCUCGCGCGCAGACUUGACGACUUCCAGCCUCCCGAACAAACCGGUUUCCGAAAGGGCUUUAGCACCAUAGACCACAUACAUACCCUUCGGCAAGUUGUACAGAAGUCCGAGGAGUACAAUUUGCCACUAUGCCUGGCGUAUGUGGACUAAGAGAAAGCCUUUGAUUCCGUCGAAAUUUGGGCGGUGCUGCAGUCCCUUCAGCGGUGCCAAGUUGACUGUCGGUAUAUCGAAGUGCUGAAGUGUUAGUACAGUAGGGCUACGAUGGCUAUCCGAGUACAGAACCAGAGUACGAAACCUAUCCAAUUGCAGAGAGGUGUAAGACAGGGUGACGUCAUAUCCCCGAAACUCGUCACCGCUGCAUUGGAAGACGUUUUCAAGCUCCUGGACUGGAAAGGAUACGGUAUCCACAUCAAUGGCGAGUACAUCACUCACCUUCGAUUUGCCGACGAUAUAGUCCUUAUGGCAGAAUCGCUGGAGGAUCUAAGCACCAUGCUAAAUGACAUCAAUAGUGUCUCCCAACGGAUAGGUCUUAAGAUGAACAUGGACAAAACAAAGAUCAUGUUCAAUGUCCAUGUCACACCUAUGCCGGUAGUAGUUGUUGGGAGCACUAAGCUCGAAGUUGUUGACGAGUAUGUUUACCUGGGACAAAUAUUCCGACUAGGUAAGUCCUACUUCGAACGAGAGGUCAAUCGACGGAUUCAACUCGGCUGGGCAGCGUUCGGGAAACUACGACACAUCUUCUCGUCAAACAUUGCUCAAAACCUUAAAACGAAAUUAAGUGCGUGUUGCCAGUGAUGACUUACGGAUCUGAGACGUGGUCCUUCACUGCUGGCCGUAUGAGGAAGCUCAAGGUCGCUCAGCGAGCUAUGGAGAGGGCUAUGCUCGGAGUUUCUCUGCGUUAUAAACUUAGAAAUGAGGAUAUCCGCAGUAGAACCAGAGUGACCGACAUAGCCCAACGGAUUAUUAAGCUGAAGUGGCAGUGCGCCGGCCAUAUAGCUCGAAGAACCGACAACCGAUGGGGAAGAAAGGUUCUUGAGUGGCAGCCUCAUACCGGUAGGCGAAGUGUAGGGCGACCCCCACGAGAUGGAGUGACGACCUGGUAAGACAUGCAGGAAGUCGAUGGAUGCAGGUGGCUCAGGACCAUGCUUUGUGGCAUUCCUUGGGGGAGGCCUUUGUUCAGCAGUGGACUUAUGAAAGGCUGUGAUGAUGAUGAUGAAAUAUUAUACCUAAUUAUUUUAUACGGAGAUGGUAAAAGAGUGGUAUAAAGAUGGUCCCUGUUGGACGCCCACCUUAACAAUUAAAAAAAAACUAUCGUUAUACUUUUACUAUUUAAUAUCCUUUUCUCGGUUUAAGAUGUUGAUGAUCAAUUGAAGAUGUUAAUGAUUCAAUCAGGCCAUCCACGACUUUAUCUGCCACCAGGGCGGCGCCUUUAGAAAGUGAGGUAUAAUAUUUGACAGAUUUCAUAGCGGUGAAGUUAUUUUGUUCGGAAAAUGUAAAGGUUAUUGUUUCUUUCUGUACUAUUAGCUAUAUUUUAUAUUAAUAAGAUUAAAAAUAAAUAAACCAAACCAGAUAUUCAUUAAAGAAAAAUUAAAAAAAAGUUAAAUGUGCAAAAGAGAGCAAACCACUAAUGCAUUGUAUUGUGUAUUAAUAUAAUACUCU